AUGAGAAACCACACAGUGACAACAUUCGUCCUCCUGGGACUGACUGAUGACCCAAAGCUGAAAAUUCUGAUCUUAUUCUGUCUGUUUCUCACCUACCUGCUCAGUAUAACUGGAAAUCUCACAAUCAUCUUCCUCAUCUUUAUAGAUUCACACCUAAAAACUGCCAUGUACUUUUUCCUACAAAAUUUUGCCUUCUUAGAAAUCUCAUUUACAACUGCUUGCAUUCCCAGAUACUUAUACAACAUCUCAACAGGUGACAGGACAAUUUCAUAUAAUGACUGUGCCUCUCAACUAUUUUUUACUGAUCUUUUUGGUGUGACAGAAUUUUUUCUGCUGGCCGUUAUGUCCUAUGACAGAUAUGUCGCCAUCUGCAAACCCCUGCAUUAUACCACCAUCAUGAACAGCAAGAUCUGUAACAGACUUAUCUUCUGUUGCUGGGCAGCUGGCUUGUUGGUGAUCCUGCCACCACUUAGCCUGGGACUCAACCUGGAAUUCUGUGACUCUAAUGCUAUUGACCACUUUGUCUGUGAUGCGUCCCCUCUCCUGAAGAUCUCAUGCACAGACACGUGGCUCAUAGAGCAGAUAGUGAUAGUUUGUGCGGUACUGACAUUUAUCAUGACCCUUGUGUGUGUGGUUCUUUCCUAUGCAUACAUAAUCAGGACCAUUAUCAGAUUCCCUUCUGCCCAGCAGAGGAAAAAGGCCUUUUCUACCUGCUCGUCCCACAUGAUUGUGGUUUCCAUCACUUAUGGAAGCUGCAUCUUCAUCUACGUCAAACCUUCAGCAAAGGACUCAGUGGCUAUCAACAAGGGUGUGAUAGUGCUGACCACUUCCAUUGCUCCCAUGCUGAACCCCUUCAUUUACACCUUGAGGAACAAGCAAGUCAAACAGGCCUUUCAUGACUCAGUUAAAAGGGUCACACUGCUCUUUCAGAAGUAG